CUCCCGUCCCAAUCUGGCAAUCUCCCUCCCGCACUCGACAGGACGCAACUCCAACCCAUCCCCGCCGCGAGCAACAGCAAUGCUCCGGCCGCUACACGCUACUGCCGCUGCCGCCGCCGCGAGCUAGGCCCUUCCAGAAGCUUCCGGGGGAUGGACCCGGCCACGCCCCUCCUCGCGCUCUCCAAGGCCGUCUCCUCCCGCUCCAAGCCCUUCCUCCUCCGCCGCGGCGCCGCCGGCGGCCGCCUCCCCGCGGCCGCACCGCUCCGUCGCCGUUUCCCCGUUGCCGCCACCGCGUCCUCGUCCGCGCCGCGGGGCCUCGCCGUAUCGGGCGACCUCCUCCUCCUCUCCCUCGCGCGGCUCGCGCUCCGCGGCCCGGGACCGCGCGCCGCAGCGGCGGCGGCGCCCCGGCGGUGGUUCGCGAGCGUCUCGGCCGCCUCGCCGCUCGCGUCGGGUGGUCCUCCGCGCGGUGGGGGCGGUGCGGGGAACGGUGAUGGUGGGGGCGGUGGCGGUGGUGGCGACGGGUGGAAGCGCCCGCGAGCUUCCCAGGGGGCGGGUGUGACGGAGGAAGCGGCAGGGAAGGGAGCCGAUGUCAUCGUCCUUGACGUUGGGGGAAUGUCAUGUGGUGGAUGUGCAGCAAGUGUUAAACGCAUUCUGGAGAGUGAGCCCCAGGUGCGGUCAGCAACUGUUAACCUUGCCACAGAGAUGGCAGUCGUCUGGGCAGUGCCGGAAGAUCAGGAUGUUCAGAAUUGGAAGGAGCAGUUGGGUGAGAAGCUUGCCAGUCAGUUGACGACAUGUGGUUAUAAAUCCAAUCUUCGAGAUUCUUCAAAGGUCAGUUCACAGGCAGUUUUUGAAAGAAAGAUGCACGAAAAACUUGAACAACUGAAACAAAGUGGUAGAGAACUUGCUGUAUCAUGGGCAUUAUGUGCUGUUUGCCUUCUGGGACACAUGUCCCACCUCUUUGGAGUUAAUGUGCCAUUGAUGCACCUCAUUCAUUCCACUGGAUUUCAUUUGUCUCUGUCAAUAUUUACAUUUGUCGGUCCUGGUCGAAGACUAAUACUUGAUGGCCUAAAGAGUCUAUUCAAGGGGUCUCCGAAUAUGAAUACACUGGUUGGUUUAGGUGCUUUGUCGUCCUUUGCCGUCAGCUCAAUUGCAGCCUUCAUCCCAAAGCUGGGGUGGAAGACAUUUUUUGAGGAACCGGUUAUGUUGAUAGCUUUUGUUCUUCUAGGGAAGAAUCUUGAGCAGAGGGCAAAGCUUAAAGCUACCAGUGAUAUGACUGGACUGCUUAAUAUUCUGCCCUCUAAAGCACGCCUAAUGGUGGAUAACGAUGCUGAGAAAUCAUCAUUGGUUGAAGUCCCAUGUGAUACUCUUGCUGUUGGGGACUAUGUUGUAGUGCUGCCUGGGGAUCGCAUCCCAGCUGAUGGUGUUGUCAAAUCUGGAAGGAGUACAGUUGAUGAAUCAAGUUUGACAGGUGAACCUAUGCCUGUAACAAAGACAGCAGGGACAGAAGUAUCAGCAGGAAGUAUAAACUUGAAUGGUAAACUCACUGUUGAAGUUAGAAGACCUGGUGGUGAGACUGUCAUGUCUGACAUAAUUCAUUUAGUUGAAGAAGCCCAGACAAGGGCAGCCCCUGUUCAACGAUUGGCUGACAAGGUUGCAGGGAACUUUACAUAUGGAGUCAUGGCACUUUCCGCUGCUACUUAUAUGUUCUGGAGUAUUUUUGGUUCACAACUUGUACCUGCUGCUAUCCAACAUGGAGGCGCAAUGUCUUUGGCAUUGCAACUUUCGUGCAGUGUUCUGGUAAUUGCUUGCCCUUGUGCUCUUGGGCUUGCCACACCCACUGCUGUACUGGUUGGUACUUCAUUAGGUGCAACAAGAGGACUUCUUUUACGUGGUGGGGAUGUUUUGGAGAAGUUUUCUGAUGUUGAUGCCGUUGUGUUUGACAAGACUGGAACUUUAACAAUUGGUAGACCUGUGGUAACUAAAGUAAUAGCUUCCAGAGACAGGGGAGAUGCAAAUACAAAGGAUUUUGGGGACAACCAAUGGACAGAAUCUGAGAUUCUGAGUUUUGCUGCUGGAGUAGAAUCAAAUACUAAUCACCCGCUUGGAAAAGCCAUCAUGGAAGCUGCAGGGGCUGCCAACUGCAUCAGUAUGAAGGCAAAUGAUGGAUCCUUCAUGGAAGAACCAGGAUCUGGUGCUGCGGCUACCAUUGGUGAGAAACAGGUUGCUGUUGGAACAUUGGAUUGGAUUAGAAGGCAUGGUGUUGUUCACAACCCCUUCUCAGAAGCAGAGCAUUUUGGCCAGUCUGUUGCAUAUGUAGCAGUGGAUGGUGCUCUAGCUGGUCUAAUUUGUUUUGAGGAUAAGCUCAGAGAAGAUUCUCGUCAAGUUAUCAAGACCCUAUCCGAGCAAGGAAUUAGUGUUUAUAUGUUAUCUGGGGACAAGGAAAGUGCUGCUAUGAACGUGGCUUCAGUUGUUGGUAUCCAGGCAGACAAGGUUCUUGCUGAAGUUAAACCACACGAGAAAAAGAAGUUCAUAUCAGAACUUCAGAAAGCACACAGGUUAGUCGCCAUGGUUGGUGACGGCAUUAAUGAUGCUGCAGCACUAGCUUCAGCUGAUGUUGGAAUUGCAAUGGGUGGAGGUGUUGGGGCAGCUAGUGAUGUAUCUUCAGUUGUACUUAUGGGCAACAGGUUAUCCCAGCUCGUUGAUGCUUUAGAAUUGAGUAAAGAGACCUUGAAGACAGUGAAACAAAAUCUUUGGUGGGCUUUCCUGUAUAACAUUGUCGGACUACCCAUUGCUGCUGGAGCAUUGCUUCCAGUUACAGGGACGAUCCUGACUCCAUCAAUAGCUGGAGCACUAAUGGGUUUUAGUUCUGUCGGUGUGAUGGCCAACUCAUUGCUUUUGAGGGUGAGACUGAGUUCAAGGCAGAAGCCAACCAUCCAGGCUGAGACCAGGCAAGAGCCACGCAAAACCAUUUCUAAUGCCCUAUCAGAUACUAAUGUUGAGGCGGAGAAAAAUUACUCCUCGAAAUGGAGUACCUGACUGGGUGGUUCAAAUAUCAGAACAUAUGCUUCAUUUGUUCAUGUUGAUUUGAACGCGCUUCAUUAACACGGGCCACAGGAAGUACAUAAUGGUAGGGUGCCAGUGCCACAACUUGCUAAACGAGUAUGCAUAGAGGAAGGUUGAAUAGUGUGUGUUCUAGCUUCUCUAACUCUCUUGGUCAUUAAUGGCAGUCGGCAGUUGAACAAAGCAAGCAGAUGAGAUCACCUCCCGCAGUUUGGUGGUACUUGCCCCACUGUACUACAACCUUUCAUAGCCGAACGCAGGGGUGUUGUUUUAACGAGCCACCGGCGCUGUAAUUUGUAUUUGCAUUUCUGUUCUGCCUUGCUUUUUGUAUGCUUCUUUCGUUCAUUUUUUCUCUCUCAGCCCUCUGAUUCUUUUUUGUUCA